UAAAUUGAGUAAUUUUAAUUUAAGGUUUUAGCGGGAAAUUCAGUAGCCAUUUUUGUUGUUCGAAGUCAGAAAAAUGGGAAUUCGUGGUUUAGCUAAAUUAAUUGCGGAUUACGCUCCCAAUGCAGUUAAAGAAAACGAAAUUAAGAAUUACUUUGGACGAAAAAUUGCUAUUGAUGCCUCGAUGAGUAUCUAUCAGUUUCUUAUAGCAGUGCGCCAAGAAACAAAUGUGUUGACAAAUAGCGAAGGAGAAACAACAAGUCACUUAGUAGGACUGUUCUACAGAACAAUUCGUAUGGUUGAAAAUGGAAUUAAACCAGUAUAUAUAUUUGAUGGUAAACCACCUACAAUGAAAAAUGAAGAAUUAGAAAAAAGACAAGAACGUAGAGAAGAAGCCCAGAAACAAUUGGAAAAAGCAGAAGAAUUAGGCAAUAUUGAAGAAGUGAGUAAAUUUACUAGAAGAUUGGUUAAAGUAACUCGUCAGCAUAAUGAAGACUGUAAAACAUUAUUGCAACUCAUGGGCAUCCCUUACAUAGAAGCUCCUUGUGAAGCAGAAGCUCAAUGUGCAGCUAUGGUGCACUCUUCAAAAGUAUAUGCAACAGCAACAGAAGAUAUGGAUGGGUUAACUUUUGGAUCAAAUGUACUUCUUAGACAUAUGACUUUCAGUGAAGCAAGAAAAAUGCCCAUCAGAGAAUAUCAUUUAGAUAAAGUAAUAGAGGAAUUAGAAGUUAAUCAAAAGGAGUUUAUAGAUCUUUGUAUUCUUCUUGGUUGUGAUUAUUGUGAAAGUAUUAAAGGAAUUGGGCCAAAAAAAGCAAUUGAACUUAUUCGUCAAUAUAGAAGUAUUGAUGAUAUUAUAGAAAAACUUGAUAAAAAGAAAUAUCAAAUUCCAGAAAAUUGGAUGUAUAAAGAAGCUAGAGAAUUAUUUCUUAAUCCAGAAGUUACUGAUCCAAAAGAAAUUGAGCUGAAAUGGACUGAUCCUGAUGAAGAAGGUUUAGUCAAAUUCUUAUGUGGUGAUAAAGGAUUUAGUGAAGAUAGAGUAAAAAAUGGAACAAAAAAAUUAAUGAAAGGUCGUCAUGGAAGUACACAAGGUCGAUUGGACUCUUUCUUUAAAGUAGUUCCAUCAAGUCCUGUUAAAAGAAAAGUGCAGCAACCAUCAUUACCUUUAAAGAAAUCUAAAACAUCAAACCGAGGAAGAAGUAAAAAAGCAAAAUAGAGUAUUGUGUGUUUAUAAAUUGUUGAGAAAAUUCUGAAAAAAACAAUUUUUUUAUUUGAAUUAGAAAUUCAAACUAUUAUCCUGUUUACUCAAAUUUUAUUUUACUUUAUGAUGCAUCUGAUAAAUGUAAUAUUACAUAAUUUGAAAAUUAAUUCAAAUAUAUAUUUGAAAAAAUUAAUAAGUAAGAAUUUGUUAAUUGUCAGUUUCAAUGUGUUUUGAAUUUUACAACUAUUUAUUAAUUAUGUUGCUUUUGACAUUGUAUACAGACAUUCAGUUAUAAAUAAGAAUACACAGUAGUUAUUUGCUGACUUAAAUAACAUUGUAUACAUUAUUUUAUUAUAAUGGAUAUUUAAGAUUUUCAAUAAACAACUGGGGAAGAGGAAUAAAGUUAUCUUUAAAGAUGAUAAAGCUUGACAUGUAACUCAAUUUCCUUUCUUGUGAAUUUAAUGAUACUGUUUAUCUCAAAAGUUCUAAAAGUAGGGUAUGAACUAGACACUCUUGCCGUACGUUUCUAUAUUCAACAGCUGACUCAACAGUGA